AUGGUGUAGUAAUUGUUGUGGAAAAUGAGAUAUUUUUGUAAAUAUUUAAUGUAAAACAGUAUAAUUACGUAAAUAUCCUGAAAAGCAGUUUCUAAGCCCACAAGAGUUUCAGUGGGCCAGAUACAAGUGGGCCUCAAAUGUAUGGCCCAACACAGUGUAACUUGUGAUACAGAGAAUCUUCCCCAAGGAGAGAGAAUUUGUAGGUAUACGUGUUUGAACUGGAAAGAGGAAGAGGCUGCCUCAACUACGAAAUUCACGAGUCAUGAUCAAGUAGUAUCUUUUUUUAAAUUCUCCUUUUAUAUCAUCCAUUGUUCUCUUCCCCCUUUUGCCAAUUGAUUACUGAAACAGUGAAAUUCCAAACGCCUUUUUUGAUCGAGUUUUGUAUGCCAAUUCAAGCACUCUUUGCUUUCUUCCUUGUUUCGUUUUGAUUAUACUUUUCUCUGGAUUUUGAGAUCGAAUUUUUGUGGGAUUCUAACGUGCGAGAGCAGUCGUAGCGUGAGAUUCUGAUUUCUUCCAUGGCUAGAAGCUCGUUCAAACUCGGAAUUCCUUUGGAAAGGAGACAGGCUGAAGCAGCUCGCAUAAGAGAAAAGUACCCAAAUAGAAUACCAGUGAUUGUCGAGAAAGCUGGGAGGAGUAACAUUGCCGACAUCGACAAGAACAAAUAUCUUGUCCCAGCUGAUUUGACUGUCGGACAGUUUGUUUACGUGGUACGGAAACGGAUUAAACUUAGUGCUGAGAAAGCAAUAUUUGUAUUUGUUAAGGACACACUACCUUCAACUGGUGCAUUGAUGUCUGCAAUUUAUGAGGAAAACAAGGAUGAAGAUGGGUUUCUUUACAUGUCAUACAGUGGAGAGAACACUUUUGGGUUCCUUGGAGGACAACGACAAGUUUAUUUAGAUGGUAACACAGGUACCAGGAUGAAACCUGAACUCCAGUGCUGAAUCAACUCUAAAGCUAAAAGACACCAUGUUUGCUGACAUUCAAAUACAAAUACCAGAAUCAUGAGAAUGUUCAACCUUCUGCUAACAAGAGUACAUCUCUCCCUCUCUCUCUCUCUCUCUCUCUCUCUGUAAUUUUGGUGCCAAAUCUGCC